GUUGAUAAAUAUGACAAGACAUUAACCUGAAUAUUUUUUUAAACUAUAUAUAAAUAUAUAAGAUGGAAAACGUAAUGAAAGGGGAACAGCUAUUCUUGAUGGAGUUUUUAGUGGAGAAAGUCAAUAUUCCCGCAAUACGGGCGAUACACGAAGAGAUCUUGCCGGCCAGAACAUGCAUCUCGUUUCAAAUACUGAAUCUGCCCCCUCUCAAUAUUUAUCAAGAAUCACCAACGGAAGCCUGCGCCUGUAUCGAAGAUGGACCGCAAGUCUUUAAUAAGGGCAAAUCCUGUCUAUUCGCUCUUACAAACGUUGUUUUGCAGAAACCAUUGUACAGUUUUCCCAUAACAAUGUCCGUUUACAAGGAAUUGCCGCCAGGAGUCUUGCCGGACGUGAUGUUAAUCGGCACUCAUCAGAUUCAAGCUCACGAUCUUAUAAACGCGGUAUUGAGCCAACAGAUCUUCCAGAUCGGCAGCGCCUGCAGAAUGCUCAAGAAUACUUUUAAAAUUACCACGGCCACAGGACAAUGCGUGGGCAAGGUCACGGUUUUCAUUCGUGUCUCGUGCUUCGGCAGGAAGAUCGUCACGCAAUUUCAAAUUCCCCACAAUAGGAAACCUUAUCUCUUCAAGAGCGUUGACGACGGUCCUGUAUUUCAAUGCAAGAGGAUCACUUCCGCUUCGGACAGAGAACGGAUGAAGUGUGCGUGUCCUUCGAAAAAGAACGGUGACGGCAGCGGAGAGGCUGCGAAAAUCUGUUGUCCCGAUGAACGUCAGCGAAAGGAACGGACGGAGGAUAUCGAGAGGGUCAAGUGUUUACCGUGUUAUCGCAGUACGCGACAAGUACGAGACAGAAGCAAGGAAGCUAUUGUCAGGAAGUGUGGCUGCAUCGUCAAGGAAGAACGAACAUGUAGCUGUGUCCGAACAAACGUCAGACGCUUGAAAUGAAUAGGAAUUGCUUGCGGAAUGUUUUUUUUUUCAGAGAUCAACAGGCUAAAGACAUAUUCGAGCGAAUGGCUAUCGAUCCUGUGACCGUUGUCUCGAUUCUCGACCAGCAUCCGCGCGCGCUCCUGCGUAUUUAGAUCUCCGUUUAUUCCUGUCCGGCGUCGCGGGGAAAGCGUCGUGAUGGCGU